AUGCCCGUGUUGUCACCGUAUCUUCGGCUGUCCCAGGCUUGUUUGCUGCAGAAGCAUCAGCUUGCAAACACCCAGGCACAGAACAAGGCCCAGCCUUCUCUUCUGACUGUGAACUGCAUGGAGGCUGCACGGUGUGGAAUGUCCUUGCCACACGCUCUUAGUGACCCGCCCCUGCGGUCCUUGCAGACCCUGAGCCAGCCAUACCUUCCAGAAUUUGGCUUUCAGGAACUCCCCCCACAUCUUUCUCUCACUCUGGCUGCCCUUGGCUUUGGUCUCUUUGUCUCUCAUCUGGGUCCACCCGACAAUCAGGUCCAUGUUGCCGUCAAAGGGAGCUUCCCGCAGCCCCAGUAUGACCGCAUCUGUCCCCUGUCACGCUCUUCCUGGCUUCCCUACUGUUCUCCCGAUAGCGUCCAGGUUCACAAGAGGCCGCGGCACUGGGGGUUCGAGAAUGCGGCCGCCAGUAACAAACCAGAAGCAGUAGAAGUAACAUUUGCGGAUUUCGAUGGAGUCCUCUAUCAUAUUUCAAAUCCUAAUGGAGACAAAACAAAAGUGAUGGUCAAUAUUUCUUUGAAAUUCUACAAGGAACUUCAGGCACAUGGUGCUGAUGAGUUAUUAAAGAGGGUGUACGGGAGUUUCUUGGUAAAUCCCAAAUCAGGGUAUGAUGUCUCUUUGCUAUAUGACCUUGAAAAUCUGCUGGCAUCCAAGGAUUCCAUUGUGCAUCAGGCUGGCAUGUUGAAACGAAAUUGUUUUGCCUCUGUCUUUGAGAAAUAUUUCCAAUUCCAAGAAGAGGGCAAGGAAGGCGAGAACAGGGCAGUUAUCCAUUAUAGGGAUGAUGAGACCAUGUACGUUGAAUCUAAAAAGGACAGAGUCACAGUAGUCUUCAGCACAGUGUUUAAGGAUGAUGACGAUGUGGUCAUUGGAAAAGUGUUCAUGCAGGAGUUCAAAGAAGGCCGCAGAGCCAGCCCCACAGCCCCACAGGUCCUCUUUAGCCACAGGGAACCUCCUCUGGAGCUGAAAGACACCAACGUUGCCGUGGGCGACAACAUUGGCUACAUUACCUUCGUGCUGUUCCCUCGCCACACCAAUGCCAGUGCUCGAGACAACGCCAUCAACCUGAUCCACACUUUCUGGGACUAUCUGCACUACCACAUCAAGUGCUCUAAGGCCUAUAUUCACACACGUAUGCGGGCAAAAACAUCUGACUUCCUCAAGGUGCUGAACCGUGCACGUCCAGACGCCGAGAAAAAAGAAGUGAAAACAAUCACGGGGAAGACGUUUUCAUCCCGCUAACUCUGGGGAACAGGAAGAGGAGGUGGCUGGCAGCUGAAGGCUGGAACGCUUGCUACUGGAUAAUCGUAGCUUUUCAUGUUGCACCUCUUCAGGUUCUUAAGGGAUUCUCCGUUUUUGUUCCAUUUUGUACACGUUUGGAAAAUAAUCU